CGAAUCCCACUCCGACUGUUCCACCCAACGUCAACCUCACUUCUCCGCUUUUGACUUUCCAUCUUCAUCCUCAUUCCCAGCUUCACUCAAUCCCGCUAUCACGUCUCACCUAUACAAACAAAGGCCUUUGGAUCUCCAAUCCAUCCCAUUCAGUCAUCACCCAACAAACCAUCUCUAUUGGCAGCCACCAGAAUACCCACACACUCAAACCACAUAACCGAACAGACUAAGCAACCGUCACAACUCACACCCCCAUCACGCACUCACCCGCUUCCACUCUCCCCCGGCCCCCCCCAAAAAAAAUGUCCCACCGCAAGAACAAAGCAGUCGGCCUCGCAGCCUUUGACCGCUCCCGCCUCACCUCCGCACAAUACGCCACGCACGGCUCCGCCUUGCGCUCCUCGCAAGCCUCGGCUCUCGAGACCCAACUCUCCGUCUUCCGCUCCCUGUUACAGCAAUUCGCCGCCACGCACGCCAAAGACAUCAAGUCCAACCCUACUUUCCGGGCACAGUUUGCGCGCAUGUGCGCGGCUAUCGGGGUGGAUCCGCUUUUGGCUAGUAGUGGACAUGGCGACAGCAAGGGGAAAGGGGAUAGUAUGUGGGCGCAGUUGCUGGGGCGGACGGUGAAUGAUUUUUAUUUUGAGCUGGCGGUGAGGGUGGUGGAGGUCUGUGGGGAGACGAGAGGGGAGAACGGAGGGCUGAUUGAGGUGGGGAUGGUGAGGGAGAGGGUGGUGAAGGGACGGGUAGAGGGGAUGGGGGUUCAGGGGGUUACUGAAGAUGAUAUUCUUCGCGCCGUAGGGACACUUAAGCCUCUUGGGUCGGCUUAUUCGGUUAUUAAGGUUGGGAGCAAGCAGUAUAUUCGCUCUGUGCCCAAGGAACUAAAUACGGAUCAGAGCGCCGUGCUAGAAGCGGCCCAGGUGUUGGGAUACGUCAGCGUGUCAAUGUUGAUGGAUAACCUGCGAUGGACGAGAGCACGAGCGCAAACGGCGUUGGAGGAUCUUGUGGGCGAGGGUAUGCUUUGGGUUGACAAGCAGGGUAUUGAGUGGGAGUAUUGGAGCCCUGGGUUUAUGCUCGAGGGUGAUCUUCCAUUAGAAGGGUUUGACUGAGCGGCGACGGUGUGAAGACAACAUCGGCAUGAGAUUGGCCAGAACGUCGCUAUGGGUUCUCCCGAUAGGCACGCACUGAGUUGCUGGUCCCAAGAUAGCAGUGUCUUCACGUGGAUCAGCGAUGACCGGGCACUGUCGCGCGCCGUGGUAAUUGGGAAAGCACCCAAGUUCA